UUUAUGUCCAAGUUUAAAGAAUUUAAAUAUAAAAAUUUAAGAGAUGAAUUUUCACAUUUAAAAGCCGAAAUGGCUAAAGAUCUUAUUCAUAAAGUUCGACCGGCUUCUAUAGAGAAGAUAAAAAAUAAACUUUCUGGAAAGGUAGCACUUCUUACUGGUGGCGCAUCCGGGAUAGGAUACUCUAUCGCGAAAAGUUUUUUAAAUCAUGGUCUAUCGGCCCUCACUAUUGCUGAUAUUCAUAGACUGAAUGGAACAGAAGCUAUAAAAGAUUUAACGCUUCAAUUUGGAGAAGAUAAAGUAAUGUUUAUUGAAUGUGAUGUUACCAGAAGAAAUCAAUUAGACUGUGCGUUUCAAGAAACUCUUAAACAUUUCACUCGUCUUGAUAUUGUAGUGAAUAAUGCUGGAAUAAUGAAUGAUGCGGUGUGGGAGAAGGAAAUUCAUACCAAUAUAGGUGGAUGUUUAAUAGGAAGCCUUCUUGGCCUACAAUACAUGUCUAAAACAAGUAAUGGAAAUGGUGGAAUAAUAAUCAAUAUGGCUUCUAUAAUUGGUCUAAUGCCUUGUAAUGGGUUUCCUAUACAUACGAUGACCCAAUAUGGAAUCGUUGGAUUGAGUAGAGCUUUCGGUGGACAUUACAAAAGGACCAGAGUGAAAGUGAUAGGCUUCUGUCCAGGUUUAACCCAGUCGCAACUCAUCGAAAAAGCUCAUAGGAACACUUUGAAUGGACAUUUCGCAAGGGUAUUCCGCAAAGAAGUUGAGGGGUGCUAUUUGCAACAUCCUGAUUUUGUAGGAGAUGGACUGGUUAAAGUUAUAGACAAGGCUAGACCUGGAUCCAUCUGGUUCAUUGAAAACAAUGAUCAACCUCACGAAGUUCAUUUUCCGGCUCUUUCAAGCAUGAUUCGCGAAAAAUUGUAUUAGUUGAUUUUGGAGGCAAUAAAAAAAAAUUCAAUUUA